AUGCAUCAACGCGCCCUCCUUUUCUCCGCCCUUGUCGGAGCCGUUCGCGCUCAGCAGGCUGGGACGCUGACGGAAGAAGUCCACCCUCCCUUGACCUGGCAAAAGUGCACCGCCGACGGCAGCUGCACCGAGCAGUCUGGUAGCGUCGUGAUUGAUUCCAACUGGCGUUGGCUCCACUCGACCAACGGCUCGACCAACUGCUACACCGGAAACACUUGGGAUGAGUCUCUUUGCCCGGACAAUGAGGCUUGCGCCGCGAAUUGCGCUUUGGAUGGUGCCGACUACGAGAGCACUUACGGCAUCACCACCUCUGGCGACGCCUUGACUCUCACCUUCGUCACCGGCGAGAACGUCGGCUCCCGUGUGUACCUGAUGGCCGAGGAUGAUGAGAGCUACCAGACCUUCGAUCUCGUCGGCAACGAAUUCACCUUCGACGUCGAUGUAUCCAACCUCCCUUGUGGCUUGAACGGUGCGCUCUACUUCACCUCUAUGGAUGCCGAUGGUGGCGUGUCCAAGUACCCCGCCAACAAGGCCGGCGCCAAGUACGGCACGGGUUACUGUGACUCGCAGUGCCCACGUGACCUGAAGUUCAUCAACGGCAUGGCCAACGUGGAAGGCUGGACCCCGUCGGAUAAUGACAAGAACGCCGGUGUCGGUGGCCACGGAUCUUGCUGCCCCGAGCUGGACAUCUGGGAAGCGAACAGCAUCUCGAGUGCCUUCACCCCUCAUCCUUGUGACGACCUUGGGCAGACCAUGUGCAGUGGUGAUGACUGCGGCGGCACCUACUCCGAGACCCGCUAUGCCGGAACCUGCGACCCCGAUGGCUGCGACUUCAACGCCUACCGCAUGGGCAACACCAGCUACUACGGCCCCGACAAGAUCGUCGACACCAACUCCGUCAUGACCGUUGUCACCCAGUUCAUCGGCGACGGUGGAUCCCUCUCCGAGAUCAAGCGCCUCUACGUUCAGAAUGGCAAGGUUAUUGCCAACGCUCAGUCCAACGUUGACGGCGUCACCGGUAACUCGAUCACGUCCGACUUCUGCACGGCCCAGAAGACCGCCUUUGGAGAUCAGGACAUCUUCUCGAAGCAUGGUGGCCUCAGUGGCAUGGGUGAUGCCAUGUCCGCCAUGGUCCUCAUCCUGAGCAUCUGGGAUGACCACAACUCCAGCAUGAUGUGGCUCGACAGCACCUACCCCGAGGACGCUGACGCCUCCGAGCCCGGUGUUGCCCGCGGUACCUGCGAGCACGGCGUCGGUGACCCCGAGACGGUCGAGUCCCAGCACCCCGGUGCUACCGUGACCUUCUCCAAGAUCAAGUUUGGACCGAUUGGCUCCACCUAUAGCUCCAACUCCACCGCCUAA